AUGUUCACCGCCGCGCUCUUCGUGCUCUGCGCAGCUUCCUGCGUCUCAGCUGCCGCCACAGGUGGUGCUGCAGGACCCCGGCUGAGCAGCAACCAGCUGUACAAAUUCAGCUACACCACCGAGGUGCUGCUGGACCGGACCAGGCCGUCAAAAGAGGGCAGCGCAGGCUACAGGAUCUCCAGCGACGUGGACCUCAACCUGGUUUGGAGGGAUCCCAGCAGCAAAGAUGACCAACUGAUUCGAGUGGCGAUCUCAAACGUGAGGAUCGACCCUGCGUCCCAUCGACCAGAGAAGAAGAACGUCCUCCGUGGGUCGACAGCAGAAGGCGUUUUGGGGAAGACUAACCUGGCAGCUCUGACGAAGCCCUUCCUGGUGCACCUGAGGAAUGGAAAGACAAAAGCAUUUUAUUCCUACUGGGCUGAACCUGUAACCAUCAAGAACCUGAAAAGAGGGCUGGCCAGCCUGCUGCAAGUUCAGAUCAAAUCUGGGAAAGUUAUAGAGAACGACGUGUCUGGAAGGUGCACAGUCGAGUACGAGGCAGUCAAAGGUCAAGUGACAAGAACCAAGAUACUGGAGACGUGCAAGGCUGCAGAGGGCGGCUUCACCACGCACAGUCAGGUCUUGGGUGUGAGCAGGAAGUCCGGUUCUGUUACGGUGUUCAGGCUUCAGGAUGGCUUCAUCCGCUCGGCCGUGGCUGAAGAAACACACUCGCUGGCCGUCAACGCCCGCAGAUCUGCCGCUGCUAAAGUCGUGUCCAGGCAAACGCUCACGCUGGCAGGGACAGAGGCCGGGCCGCCGGAGGCUGCUGGGAAAGACGUGGCUGCGGUUGUCAAGACGAUCGAUGCUAAACUGGCUGCUGUGGGUAUCGUGGCGGAGAAUGUCCAAUCCCAGUGCAAGGGAUGUCCAUCACUUUUUGAACACUGGCAGCGUGAACAGAAGCUGCUGGAGCCAGCGAGCCUGUCCAAAGCCACGGCUCCUCGCAGCUUCCUGGCCCUCAUCCAGAGCAUUAGGAAGGCGUCCAAAGACGAGAUCCUCAAAGUGCUGAAGAGUGCCAGCAAGACCUCUCUACCUCAGGUGGUGGACGCUGUGACGUCCUCGCAGACCGCUGCAUCUCUGGACGCCAUGCUUUCAUUCCUGAACUUCACCGAUGCCAAAGGUCUGGUUCUGCAGGAGAGGUUUCUCUACGCAUGUGGCUUUGCUUCACAUCCCAACGAGAGGAUGCUGCAGGCUCUGCUGGAUAUUUCAAGGGGAAAGAUCGGCAGCACUGACAUUAAAGAGUCAGUGGUGAUCAUUAUGGGAGCUCUGGUCCAUAAGCUGUGUGAGAAAGGAGGGUGCAACUUACCGACAGUGGUGCAGGUGAAGAAGCUGAUUUUAGACGGUCCUGACAGCACGAAGGUGGAGUCUGAGGUCCAGAUGUAUCUUCUGGCUCUGAAGAACUCUCUGCUUCCCGAGGCCAUCCCCAUCUUCACCAGGUACGCAGAGUCGGAGGUGGGAGCUUACAGCACCAUCGCCCUCACUGCUCUGCAGAGAUAUGAUGUCAGCCUCAUCACUGACGAGGUGAAACAGACGGUGAACAGAGUUUACCACCAGAAUCGACGGAUCUACGAGAAAAACGUGAGAGCCGCCGCCGCUGACGUCAUCCUGAGCAGCGACCCGUCGUACACGGAGGUGAAGAACCUGCUUCUGUCUAUCGGAAACCUGCCGUAUGAGAUGAACAAGUACAUGCUGUCCAAGAUCCAGGACAUCCUCCGCUUCCAGCUGCCGGCCAGCAAAAUUAUACAACAAGCUAUGAAGGACACGAUUUCCCACAAUUAUGACCGGUUUGCUAAAGUCGGCUCGUCGUCUGCUUUCUCAGGAUUCAUGGCACAAUCCGCUGAUGUGACCUCCACGUACAGUCUGGACAUCCUGUAUUCAGGCUCCGGCAUCCUGAGGAGGAGCAACAUGAAUAUUUACGGUGCUAACAAUGGAGCGAUGCUACAUGGACUCCAGGUGGCGAUCGAGGCCCAGGGUCUGGAGUCACUGAUCGCCGCCACCCCCGAUGAAGGAGAGGAAGACCUGGAGUCGUUCGCCGGGAUGUCGGCUCUGCUGUUCGACGUCCAGCUGCGACCCGUCACCUUCUUCAAGGGCUACAGUGACCUCAUGUCCAAAAUGUUCUCCAUGACCGGGGAGCCCAUGAACGUAGUGAAGGGCCUCAUCCUGCUGACGGAUCAUUCUGAGGUGAUCCAGCUGCAGUCUGGCCUGAAAGCCAGCGCAGAGUUCCAGGGAGGUUUAGCCAUCGACAUCUCUGGAGGCAUGGAGAUCAGUCUGUGGUACCGGGAGUCCAAGACCAGCGUCAACAACAGGGGCGCGCUGGUGGUCACCGGAAACAUCACGGUGGACAUGGACUUCAUGAGGGCUGGGGUCGAGGUCAGCUUCGAAACCGAGGCUUCGCUGGACUUCAUCACCACCGUCCAGUUUUCUGAGUACCCCUUCCUGGUUUGCAUGCAGAUGGACAAAACGACCUUCCCCAUCAGCGACUUCCUGACCAAGUACGAGAGCCUGUCAUCGGGGGCGAGCGCCGUGUCGCGCAGGAGCAGGAAGCAGCUCGUCCCUGGCUCCGAGUUCCCGCUUCACCAGGAGAACUCAAACAUGUGCAAGAAGGUCUUUGACUCCAGCUGGUAGAAGAAGCUAUCCGGGAACGACCUGUCGUUCCGACGGGCAGAGUUUAGCCGCUCAAAGAGGGUUUCUUACAUUCAGCGACAGCUAUCACACCGCGGCCUCGUGCAGCAGAGGGGAGCGGUGAAUGUUUACAUCCCUGCGAGUAUUUAAGGCGUUUUAAUCGGACUUUUUGUUUUGAAAUCGGGAAUUCUUGAAUUGUCUUUUUACGGAUUUCCUUGAGAAUGUAUUUAUGAUGGGCACACACAGGAUGUAUGUUUUAUUUGAUGGGUAAUAUUCAGCGGGAAUGAUCCCACUUUAAUUUCCCCGACACAGUUACAGUACAGAUGAACAUGUAAAUAUCACACUGGAGACUGUGGAUUAACUCCCCCCCAGGAGAGGAAAAGCCCCGUUCUGUCAACAAUGCUCUGUGUUUUAAUUAAAAGUGUUCACAAAGGAGGAGCAGUUAUCGUUUUAUGUCACUAUAUCGCUGUUCACACAUUUAAAAUAACUUAUUAAGCAAAGUAAUGUCAGUUAAUUCCAUUUUUGAUUGCUAAGUUGGUGAUAUUUGAUUGUCCCUACGGAGACAACGAUUGUCUGGGAACUGAAUGAAAAAUGAAUCAUCACCUCCUGAACAUAUAUUUUGUACGUGGCUGUAAUUCUCUGUUUGUCUGCGAACAUUUGUCCAGUUUAAGGACUUUUGAGCGACUCGUAGCGUGUUUCCAUUUU